AUGGACAUAAAGACAACAUUCCUUCUUUUUGCCGUCUCUCUUUUUCCCAAUGUUGACAUCAUUCACAUCGCCAACGAAUUACCUACCUUUAGACUCAUGACCGUCAUCAAAAUGUACACCUCUUCCAUCUUCACCACCCUCGCCCUGGCAACAGCAGCCCUGGCCACAGGCAGUGCCAAAACAUCCAACGACUUCUCCCCGGGCUUCAUCCUCGUCGUGCACGUCACCAACCCCGACGCCGACUUCACCCCCACCGUCAACAACGCCGCAGUCAACAGCAUCCACGCCGGCCCCGGCUUCCGCGUAGCGACCAUCUCCACCGCCCUCACCGACGGACACGUCUUUUACGAAAAUGGAACCCUAGACCAGGUUGAAGACGGGGAGACAACCGUCAUCUUUGACGCUGCCACGCCCCUGACCCCGUUUGGGGUUCUGGUGCAGGACCCCACGGCGCCGGUUGACAAUAUUGCCAUCAAUGCUGGGCCGGGGAGUUAUAAUACUGUGGAUGGGGACCCGGAGGUGAAUGCGGCGUUGGUGAAUGGGUUGGGGGAGGGGACGUACUUGGUUUGUAAUGCGACGGUGCCGUAUUAUCACCAGAACUUUUUGACGUUGCAGUAUGUGUAUGAAGGGGGGGAGAAGCCGGAUGGUUGUGUGGAGGUUGAGUUGGUGCCGCAGUGUGCAGAGUUGAAUGAGUUGCCGGCGGGGAGCCAUUCGAGUCAUGAUCAUGCAGUUAAUGUGAGGUGUUAUAAGGAUGCUACGGUUGUUGAUUGGAGUUGA